GCAAGGCCUGGUACGGCCGGGUCGAGGCGACGAGACGCCGGCGUUCGUCAGAGCGGCGUCGCGACGCCAACGGUCGCGUCCGUCGUACAGUUUCACGUCGCCGCGUUACAUCAACCGGUUUCACCAGUCGUUCUAUGAUCGUUCACUCGAUCGUAUCUCGCGUUCAACGUUGGUGUUUACGUUACAGAGGGCUGCCCGGUUCUCCGCAAGUGUCGACCAGGCGUCGAGCCAACCACCGCGCUUCCUGCUGCUGCAUCCACUCACGCGGGAAAUCUUGGUCCGACGGCGUAACAGGUUCUUGCUGUCGCCAUUCAACUUGCGACAAGGGACGAGAAGGAUACUGGUGAAGCAAAGAAUUUAUUCAGAUAGAGACGUCGAGUAAUCGUGGACCAUCGGUUUAGCUGUGCCCUCGAGAUGCGGUGAUGGCUUUGCUGUACAGAUUCGCGCAGCUGCCUGAUAGCAGCAGCACGCGGGUCUUCUCUUUCGUCGUCACCAGGAGUGUGGUACGAGACCCUGAAAGAGACGUCACCAGCAAGGAGCUCGUCUGCGGCUUCCAGCGAUGGUCCGUCGCAUUUUCACGUGGAAACAAGGUUCUAGGCGCGUAUCUCGUAUGGCGUGGGGCGUCGAGAAACCUACGGGUCUACGUGGACUUCACGUUCACCCUGCUGAAUCGGGAACAUUUCUCGAUGAACGAAGGUUUCUCCGGAAAACGAGUGAAAUUCACGUACGAGGCGCCUGCCCAGGGCAACCGGAACUACAUCCCGGUGUCGGACCUCUACAGCCGAAACUUUGCCGACACGAACGGCGAGUUUCAACUGGAAUUAUCAAUGGCAAACGUGAGGACCGUCUACAUGACCGAUCUUAAGAUGCCCAGCAGCACAUUCCCAGCUGGACAAUCCAAAUCUAACAAGCUGGAAACCGAUUAUUUCGCGUUCGGUGGCUUUGACUGGAACCUAGUAAUUUAUCCUAAUGGAAACAAAGAGUUGGAAGGGUACCGUGGCCACGACAGUGGUAUCAGCGUCUAUUUGAUGAGGAUGAGCGGCUUCGAUCAUCGGUGCAGAGUGAGAUACAGCGUGGCCUUGGGCGAAGGAGAUCGUAGAAUCGAUUCGGGGCAGAUCGAGGAUCUGUCGGAUGCUGAACGAUGCGGGUUCGGCUGGCAUACUCGUGUCAGAUGGUCGGAAGUCGCGCACAAAGGUGUGGUACGGGUAUCCCUGGAGAUGGUGGAAGCUAGGACCAUCUGUGAAGUCGCCGUACAAGCUCGAGGACCUUCGGUGCUACCAGCAACCCCUUGUUACGAUCGUGACAAACAAGCCUGGAUGAUUCGAGCUGAUUUGCAUUCGGAUACCGUCAGGCUACACCUUGUGUACAAGGAUAUUCACAACGUUCCGAGGAAUCAUUUGAGGUACGUCAGCUGGUCAGCCUAUCUACUUCGAGACGAGGAGCCCAGCACUGUGGCGAUCAGUCUACCAGGCGCACCAUUCAGCCGCUAUUACGCCCAAGAAUCCGCAGACGAAGGUAUCAUCAUGGAGACGAAUCUUGACACGAACGAGGUGAAGGAAAAUCACUGUCCUUUCCUCACGGACAAAGGGCAAUUAAGGAUCCGGCUGGAAUGGAACGAGAGCCACUUGCUGUUCCAAGCAACCUACCACAAAUACGACGACGUGUGCCGCAUCCACAAUCAGCAGAUGAGACGGGAAAUCGCCUCGCUGCAAGCGGAGAACUACAGUUUGGAGAGGCAGCUGUUCAGUUACCAGAAGAGUCUGGCGUACACGCAAGCGCAACAGCAACAACAGCAACAGCAUCAGAAUCAGCCGCAUCACGGUGGCCAUCAGGCUCACCUGGAGAGAUCCGCGUCCACAGACACCGAAUAUGCCUGACAAGUGGAACAACAGAUGCACCCGAACGAGCUGCCAGCCGCCAGUUGUCGGCGACAAUUGCCUAUCGUGCACGAGGACGAUCGUCGCGUUCACCAGAACCUAGUCCGGAUGAUGGAUCGACGAUUGAGCAACGUUCAGCUCCAGCAACGGCUGUGCGAAUCAGAGACGGUCUAUCAGCAACGAUACGGGGACGGCUCACCGCGUCAAAGUAUCGUCGAUCAGUCGUCGGAGCCGCCUCCUCAUCCUCCUCAUCAUCGUCAUCAUCAUCGUCUGAGUAUCGUGCAGCAACCCAAGUCGGCGCGAUCCAGCGUGGGCAGAUCGGACAGCGGGUCGGAUCGUGGAAACGAUCGUUACUCUGGCUACUAUUUGGGGUACGUCGGUCAGGCAGCGCACAAAAGACGUAGGACAACUUUCUGGGAGACCCUGACGGGUCUUGUGUGCUCAUUGGGCGCUUUGGCUUCCAGGGCUGCCAAGAUGGCCACCAGACGGGGAGAGCCACUUUGAAGAAGCUUAAACCCGUUCUCGCGGACCAGUGGACUGGUACGUUUUACGUUUGGGAUCACGAAACGGAUUACCAAGAUACGGAGCUACGAAUUGAUGAUUUAUCGUGACACGUUGCGAACGCGUCCCGGAAAGCAGAACGUGACACGGAUAAAAGAGAGGGAGAGAGGCAGAAAGAAAAUAUUAGGGGGAAGUAGAGAGCAAAGAUCAUCGAUGGACCAGAAGUACGACCAAGAACGUUACUCGUUUCGUAUAUUCGUCGUAUUUAAUCGCUGUAUCUCGAGGGAUCGCUUGUUUCGAGGACGGAAGACUACCCAGCGGUGUCGAUGUUAAAUAGAGAAACGAAAAGAAAGAUAUAAUGUUUCAUGUUCCUGGUGGGCGCUAUACAAGCUCGUGACCAGACUACCGAUCAACUCGACAAUAUAGCAGAUGGAUGAGACGAGCAGCGAGAAGAAACGACGACGACAAGAGAAAGAUAACGUAGCGUGCGGACUCGGAAGGUAUCGUUCGUACAAGGACAAGCGAUCGAUCAUUUUUCGUCCAUUUCUUUGUCGUUGGAGUCCGGUUUAAGGAAAAGAGCAAGAACGAAGAGGGUGAACGUCUCGUUUGGUUUGACCUUCUCGACGAUAAGGCAGCUCCGGCCGAAGAAAUUUCGGCUGAAUGGAACCAACGCGACCUAUUCGGAGCUGUUCUUUCUCGAGAAUGGUGACAGGAGGAACCAGGAAGGUUGUUGACGUUAAAACAGCAAAUCGUUCCGAAUGCUGGUCAGAUUUCACAUACGUAUACAUACACGCAUACACUUGAUAGGAAUCGGAAAACCAAGAGAGGGAACCGAAAGAGAAAAGAGAAAGGGAAAGAGAACAAGGUCUCCCUCGAUCGUGAAUUCUAUUAUGCACGUAUAUGAAUACAAUUCUAUCUACUACUUUGUCAAUUUACUAAGGGAAAACAAGAAACAAAACAAAAAACCUAUUUUCCUCUAAAGACUUUUUUCACCUAUCGUCUACGACUUCUUUGAUAAUAAAGAAUCCGUGCGCGACGUAGUCGUCGAGUCGUAACAGCGUAACUUAUUAUUACUGUAGAAUACUUACACCUAAACGAAUGCAAACAAAAAAAAAUUUAAUAAUAACAGUACUAAUGAAUAAUACCUUAGAGUGCAGUCGAUGUUACAUAAACCGAAAGUAGGGAUGAACGAAGGACUCGAUUUCUCGUUGCAGAGUAAUCGACGUGGUACACUAUAAACAUGCGUCUUUACACUUCUACACGAAUGUACACAUAUACGAAAAUACACAGUCAUUAACGUUCGUACUCGACCAUCGGCUUUUUUUCAAAAACUAAAAAGCCAAAGAAGACCAGGGUAAAAAAGAAACAAAAAACGAUGCGAACGAUUCGUGUGAAAUUUUUCACUGUCCCAUCGGGUGUAUACGUUCGAUUUAUUUAUUAUCGUGCGAAGAGUUCGUUGGUUUCUUUCGUUAAUUACCCAGUCCAGUAUAUGUAUGUGUGUCGAAUCUAUUUUUCUCAAAAUUUAGCAAUUACGAGUCGCGCUAAUCGUCGUUUUAUCGAUAAAUCAAACUAUCUGGAGAUAUAAGUACGCGUUGUAGACAACACGAUCGAAGGUGCAGUUUGAACCAGAGAGAAAUUAACAAAGAUACCCGUACAGAGUGAAAGAAGCCAGAAACAACGUGGCACGUGUAACAUUUACAGAUCGAAGAGGUAUCGAGUUUAUUGAAAAUGUCAAAAGUACAUAUUCGUUUCUGCAGCCACUCUGGCAACGUUCUACUGUACCUUUGUACCAGUAUAGUGUCACCGUACGUGCGAGGUCUUCGACGAUAUUGCACAUUUUAGUCCUUACGUCGCGCGCUUGUCACCUAAAUUCUUAUCGCCUUUUGCCGGCUACUCGUCAUCGAUGUUUCUAUGUUACCCUUGAUCCAUAUACAAUUUUCAAAUGGGACGCAUUUUCCAGAAGACAUAAGUUUAUUAUCUUCUAUUGUCCUUCGGGAUUUAUCAAAUUCUUCCGUAUAUCAUAUUCUUUUUAUCAUAGAAGUCGAUCUUCGAGAAACACCAGUAUCCUCGUAAUCUCUGUGUCCCCUAUCCCCAAAGAGUCGCCAACUCCUUGUGCUUCGUCGCUCCUAAAUCCCAAAGCAGUUUGUCCCCGCUUCGAUUCUCCUUUAAGCAAGAACAGAUACUGGACAAAGCCCAGAUCCACAACAAACCCACAAACCAGACAGAUGUAGAUAUCCCUUCGUGCAAACUUUCCUCUAGCUACCAACAACUCCUAUAUACCGUUCUUCCCCGUUUCCUAAAGUAGCUCGCAGAUCAGUACCUUUCAUCUUCUGCUCCAACUCACAGUAUGGUCCACCUAGAGACAAGAAAAUGUAAUUCCGUAUUACUAUAUCGGUUUACUUCGUACAAUAUUGAUUUUCUUCGCAGUAGUAGAAGCAGAAAUUCUACGACCAAUUCGCCUGAAACCUGUCUUUUCUCGUCCUGUGUCUUGGUCCCGAUAUGACGUCCCAUUUGAAGACAUCGUAUCCUCUUCUUAUCUUCAUUCCCCGUGUAAUCGUAGCUGCAAAUAACGGUGUACAUCGAAACACAUGUACGUGGACGAUACGUGCACGUCGGUGUUCGCAUCAGGCUACAUCGGUACCGAGGACGAUCGAUACACCACCGUUAGUCCAUACACCGCAUAUACGUUUAACAGACCACCAUGAAUCGUCGUGUACCGCGCACGUGUACCCGCAGGUGAUUCGGGCUCGCUUGUACACACGAAACUCGGGUCCCGCGAUG